AUAAACAGCCACCUUCCUCCCCCUACUCCUCCUCAUUUUCCUCUUCUGUGCUCUGCGGCGGCGGAAAAAGGCAGGCGAAAAUGGCCGGUUCGGGUCGCACCGAGGACCAGUAUUAUAAAAAGAUUGCAGCGAUCCAAGAAAGCAUGUAUACGAGGGAAAAACGGAGACUAGAGCUGGAGAGGGAACUGUUUGAUUACUCCAGGUCAGAUACAAGAAUCUUGCAGAUAAAGUAUUCUAAACUACACAGUUAUCUCAAAGAAAUCUGUGACAGCGAGGCUCGAGCAAAAAUGAGAAACCUUGAGCUUCAGAGAGAUGUGGAGUGCAUAGAAAUUAGCAUGAAGGAAUACAGUCCUGACCGUGGCCCCCUGCAACAGCAAAAGGCAAAUUUUAUAAAAAAGAUUUCCAGAUAUAUUGAAGCAAAGGAUACCGUGGAGCCAGAGAUAGAAAUAACAAAGGUUGAAGCUGUGCAACGACGGCAGUGGGACGGCCACAUCUCUCACCCAGCCAGGGGUUUUACACCAUCACCGGUGGAAAUUUUCAUGGACCGCCAGACCUCCAGAGGGUCUGACACUGAGGCUUGCACCACAAGUGUACACUCACACCAAGCAUUGCAUCGUUCGCCCAAUCGCUGCGCGCACUCCCGCGAACGUCUACCAAGUGGCCUUUUGAAGGACUUCAGAGUUGGCGGAGAGGAUGUCGCCAGUAAGCGAGCACAUUUAUCAGAUGACAUUUCAGGCUCAAACGAUUCCCCCGACGGCUGUAAUUUGAGUGACAAACAUGAAAGAAUGAUGGGGCUGCUCCCAUCUGUUCGUGCCUUAACGGGCGCAGCUGGCAGUGUGGCUUCUGGAAGUGAUGAUGAGCAAGAAGCUUCACCUCUGGUGACCUUGACGAGGUCUGAGAAGAAUCCAUCUCCUGGCAACAGUAGCCAUAUGACGGCUAAGAAUUCCCUUGCAGAACACACUGACUCCCAAGAGGUGGCUCGUGAGCCACUCAUAAUGGGAGAUGAACAGAGAGGUCGUGGCCAUUUGAUGCCUGAAACCACUUUUGGAAAAGAAGCUCAAGAGACAUCAGGGAAAUGUGAGAGUGUCAGUGGACCCAGUUUUGAAGAGCAGUUGCCAGAGAGCAGUGCUAGUGACCUGACAAUAUCUUUGACACAAUCUGAGACGGAGGAAGAUCUACCAGAGGACGUGUCAGCAAAGAGGAAUGCCUCUGACGGAGGGAGCGGUGAUCAUAAACAGCACAGCCCUGAUCCAUCCGCCCACUCCGACAGUGAUUCUUCAGCUCCAGUGGUGACCUCAGAAAGCCUUUCCCUGGAAGGACUCUUCAAUCUGCUUGACAGCAUUGAAGGACGACUCCACGGUGAACAGACCUGUGUGUACAGGGAUUCUUCAAUUGAGCGAAGACAGCUCAAUAGAAUCAUAAGCCUUUGUGAUGAUGGAGUGGGCUUGAAUGAAGAGGACCUUGAAGCAUGUGGAGCAGUCGUCCUUCGUAAUCUUCAGGGGUUGUCAUGGAGCACAGAAACGGGUGGCGUGCUAUCACAGGACCUAGUUAACGUGCAUCAGUACAGCACCGAGCCUAAUGAAAUCAGAACCAGCCUCCCUCCUAAUGCUGCUCGGCUGUGGGACCGCUGGUUCAAGCAUGCCCUUGUGCUCAAGGAGCGCCGUGUCCUCAGCACUGAGCACUUGGUCCAACUGUUCACGCCACUGCUGCUGCAGCGCCAUGCCACCUACUGCCAGCAGGCCAAAGUGUUGCUGAGGACACUUCUCUCCCGGUCCAGUGAGGAGUGCCCCUCAGCAGAGGAUGAGAGUGACAUUUCUUCUUUGUGUCAUCCUCCUCUCCUGACUGGCAAAGAUGUGAGCACCAACAGAUCGAUACAGAGGCCACGGAUACAAGAACUACAAAGCACUGAAGAGGACAGCCACGACGAAAGCCCUGUGGAAAGUGGUCCUAUUAGAGAGACAAAAGCAUAUCAGUUACUUAAACAGUCAGCGAUGCAGGAAAGGCUGCCGAGUUCUGAAGAGGAGGAAGAGGAGCAGAGUGGGCUCUCAGGAAUAAAUCGUGUCCAUGAAGAGGACCUGGGGAGGGCCAAACGCUCCUCACAUCAAGACCCUUACCCUCGGAGCGAGAACUCAAAGGCUUUUUCUGCUCUACAGCCAAAAGCUUUGUGGCAAGAAUCCGAUGACAGCAACUCAGAGAUAGAAGCGGCCGUACGUCCUCCAGCGUUCAACACAGACAACCAUGACGUCGAUGAUUUCUACGACUGAUGUUUCUGCUAAGAUGCUGAAAUGCACGACAUUAUAUCAGUGGGAUAUUUAAAGCAGAUUGGCUUUUGGUAAUUCACCCCCUGACCAUAAUUUUAGUAUUCGGCUUUGUAAAUCGUAUGCGCUCUAUAUAGUAAAAACAAAUAAUAAAGUUGACAGCUCUCACGCUGGGUAAAGUAUGUGAAGAGUUGUCCAAUGCACUGAUGUUAACCCUGCUUCAGUCUCUUUAUCUGAAUAACUCUCCCAGCUCAUAAUAACAGCUCGAAAUAGAUUAAACUGAUCUUUUAAAGCGAUUUGUUUGCACUAGGCUGAAAAUCAUGCAUUUUGAAUGCUGCAAGCAUCUCCGAGUGCUCUGUCUCCGGCAUGCUCGAGUGUAGUGAUGUGAGUCACCUGUGAAAUGACAAAGCACAAUGGCCACUCCGCACGCUUCUGCAUGACCUGUGAACCUGUUGAAGAGGCCCAUCUCCCAGGGCACAAAGUGUUGCUGCACUAACAAACUCUGAAUAUUUAAAGCCUCAAACAAACGCGCUACUCUUAUUCUCACAGAUGCCUCAUUAAGAAUCGGUGAUGGGGCCUUAAAGAUGCAGACAUGUUUACCUUCCUCUGUGUUAUUGCACAAAUGCCACAAAAAAAACACAGUUGCAGGAUUUUCCAGCCCAUCAUUCAUCCUGUGUCUAUUAAUAACCACGAGCUGCUGUGUGGGAAGUUACAUUCCAAGGUUUACAUUUAUAGUUCAUUAUUUCUGCAGUGCAAAUUUCCCAAACUGCCAUACUGGGAUGUGGUAAAAGCCCCCUGGCAUUAAGUGUCAGCAGGAUUCCAUUAGUCAGCUUUAGGUGACUUUACAUGCCUGAACCUUUUAAAGUAGGACUCCACAUUCAUUACCAAUAAUGGCUUCAGACAGCCCUGACCCACCACAAAAAAGGGACUGUGCCAGAGUAAUUUGGAGUUUGCUAAAAGGCUCCCUAACAUAAUAUCCAGUUAAGGAGCAUGUCAACAGAUACUUGUGUGUGACAGAUGGCUCAUGGUGGAAGUGGAGUUUUAUUGUACUAAUGUGUACUAACGGGAACAUUUUUUUAUUAUAAAGAACUUCUCUGAGUCUGUGACAGAGAGACAAUUUAGAUGAUAUUCUGCUCAUUUUUAAAACUGUUACAAGAAGAAGUGUAUGGUUUUAUCUUGCAGUUAAUAGAUGUAAUUCACAAUGAAACUGACUCGAUUACUGUAUUUGCUUUACAAUAUUACUUGAUCGGUCAUGCUGGCACUUGACUGAGUUCUACUCUACCCUUUUGUGUGGUUUAAUUAAGUUUUUUCCACAGCUAAGCCUUUUUGUACAGAUUGUUUUAAGAAUCUGGAAGGAUAAGGAAAUAAAUAGCUAAAAACCUAAACCCUUUUGUUAUUGUUGCAGAAAAAUAUCUCACACUUUUACACCAUUUUAUUCCUAAACAAAAGGAUAUUUUACAGAAAACGUUCCUGA